ACAGUCGUGACACCCUACUCAGUACUCCCUCCCCCAACGCGUACGAGUUGCAGGCGCACGUUAUUCACUCAUAUCACGUGUCUUCUAAAGUGCGCCAUAUUCUUAUCCGCCACCUUCUUCCCGGUAUAUAUCAUCAUUCAUUAAGCCUUCGCUGAUUCCGGUGUUAAGGUGCUCAACCAUUUGAUCUGCACUUUUAAAGGAGGCAUCUUUCCAUUUCCAGAAAGAAAAUUAACUUUCGUCAAGAAAUUUGGGAUUACCCUUCUCGUCUCAGGAAAAAAAAAACUUUCUUUUUUGUUGUUCUUGCCGGAUCAGUCGAAGGAAGUUUGGGUUAAUUUGAUCUGGGUUUUGUGGUUCUGUGCUGUUUGAUCGGUUAAAAGAAAAAAAAAAGGAGAUUUUCCAUGGCUGGGAGCGAUCAAGUUAACCUUAUUGAGAGCAAGAAGCUAGGGAUCGUGAAUUUGUUUUGGCUGCCAAGUGUUGAAUCGACUUGCUCUCCUUGCUCCUUCUUUUUUCUGUUUUGGGGGCUUUUCCAUUGAACACGAAGCUCAUACUAUGUUGUCUUUGUUGAGGGUGGUUCCACUCAACACAUGGGUCCUGAUCUCCAACUUUAAGGUGGCUUACAAUAUCUUACGCCGCCCUGAUGGAACCUUCAACCGUCACUUGGCCGAGUUUCUCGACCGUAAGGCCCCCGCAAACGCCAUCCCCCUCGACGGCGUCUUCUCGUUCGACGUCGUCAUUGAUCGGGAAACCAGUCUUCUCAGUCGGGUUUACAGGCCGUUGAUCAACGGGGAGCAGCUGCCACAGAGCUUGAUCGAUCUCGAGAAACCCGUCGAGGGAGAGAUCGUGCCCGUCAUCCUCUUCUUCCAUGGCGGAAGCUUCGCUCAUUCGUCCGCCAACAGCGCUAUAUAUGAUACCCUUUGCCGUAGGCUCGUCGGCGUGUGCGGUUGCGUCGUGAUCUCGGUGAACUAUCGACGUGCACCCGAGAAUCGGUACCCUUGUGCAUACGAAGAUGGAUGGACUGCUCUCAAAUGGGUCGAUUCAAGAUCUUGGCUGAAGAGCAAAAAGGACUCAAAGGUUCAUAUUUUCUUGGCGGGUGAUAGCUCGGGAGGUAACAUCGUUCACAACGUGGCGGUAAGGGCCGCGGAAUCGGGAAUGAUCCGAGUUCUGGGCAACAUUCUGCUGAACCCGAUGUUUGGAGGGAAGGAAAGAACCGAGUCUGAGAAAAGGUUAGACGGGAAGUACUUUGUGACGGUGAGAGACCGGGACUGGUACUGGAGAGCGUUUCUUCCCGAGGGGGAGGACCGAGACCAUCCUGCCUGCAACCCGUUUGGACCACGGGGCCAGCGGCUCGAUGGCUUGAACUUCCCGAAGAGCCUAGUGGUAGUGGCUGGGUUGGAUCUGAUCCAAGAUUGGCAAUUGGCAUACGUUGAAGGGCUGAGGAAGGAGCGCCUUGAAGUGAAGCUUAUGUAUUUGGAGCGUGCGACCAUCGGUUUCUACCUCUUACCAAACAACAACCACUUCCACACCGUCAUGGACGAGAUUAAAGCGUUUGUGAACGCCGAUCGCUGAUCGCCACUAAUCGCUUUUCAGUUUCGUAUUCACUAACAAAGUGGCUGAUCCGUGGAGGGGGAAGCCUGAGGUAUCUCGUCGCUAUCUUGCGGUAACUGCUUACGGGGUUUUCAUAAGGUAAUCGGUGUUUUGAUGGCGUUUGCGUUUUGCGUUUUGCGUUUUGUGGCCGCCAACGCUGGCUUCUUGAAGGAAAGAAGUGGAAGACAGCGAGUGCGUUCAAGGAACUGGGAAAACCAGAGAUUCUUGGGGGUACGAACAAAUUGGCGUUUUAACCCUAGCUUCCUUUUUUUUUUUUUACUUGAAAGCUGAUUUUUCAGCAUAAUUAGCUUCAUGUUUAUGUGUUUAUAAUAUGAUACGCUCAUAAAUGACAAAACAUAUAGAUAUAUAUACAUAACAUAUAGGAUAUCCAUAGCUGUAGGGCUACGAAAUGAAUGUAUUCGCGUUGUUAUA